AUUGUGAAAGCAGUGGAGAUGAACGCGGUGAUGUUGCUGAAUUAUUGAGGCGGCGCGGUUGUGAAGUAACGGAUAUCUGUCUCUCGGUGGGAAAGAGAGCGAAAAAACCGACAGAAAAGAAGGAAAUAUGAAGAUGGCAUGAAAGAAUCCUCCUGUGUGUUAGCGGCGCGAAGCAGUCAGGCUCUCUGGAGUACAGCGUGGGCGAGCGUGAAUAUUUCCAUCCUGCUCCUGCGUGGUGGAAUGAGUCAGGUUUUGAUCGGCGUCCUCGCUCUACUGAAGUUUCUUUAUACCAGAUGAGGAACAAUGCUGGCGAUGGACCAAGGUUUGGUGGAGGAAUGGCUGUCUGAGUUCAAGACGCUUCCUGAGACGGCCAUCUCCAGCUACGCUGCGUCUCUGAAGGAAAAGUCCUCUCUGGUCCCUGCUCUCUAUAAAGUUAUCCGAGAGAACUACAGCGAUCUCUUGGAGUCAGUAUGCCACCAGCUGUUUGAGUUCUACCGAAGUGGAGUGGCUGGUCUUCAGCGCUUCACCAUGCAGUUCCUGCCUGAGCUGGCGUGGAGUUACUUGUCAGUGAGCGCCGGACGGAACCCUCACCACAGCGGCUGCAUCGAGGCUCUUCUGCUCGGCAUCUACAACCUGGAAAUAGUUAAUAAAGAUGGUCAAAGCAAAGUGUUAUCCUUCACUGUCCCCUCCUUAUCCAAACCAUCAGUCUACCAUGAGCCUUCUGCCAUCGGCUCCAUGGCCCUAACCGAAGGAGCUCUAGCCAAUCACGCGCUCAGUCGAGUUGUUUACAGUGGACCGCACCUCCAGAGAGAGACGUUCACAGCGCAGAACAGGUUUGAAGUGCUGACGUUCCUGCUGCUUUGCUACAACGAGGCUCUGAGCUACAUGAACAGUUCUUCCCUCAAGUCUCUGUGUCAGCUCAGCUCCAGAGUGUGUAUCUGUGGCUAUCCUCGGCAGCAGGUUCGGAGGUAUAAAGGCAUCAACAGCAGGAUGAUCGUGACCUCAGAGUUCCUGGUCCAGUUGAUCACUGGCAUUCACUUUGCUCUGUAUAACGGAGAGCCUGAUUUGGGCUCCAAAGCUUUGGAUGACGUUCUGUAUCGAGCUCAGUUGGAGCUUUACCCAGAAGUCUUGCUGGUGGGAAACGCCAUCAAGUCGUCACUCAGUGGUGCUGCUCUGAAAUCCAAUAAGGAAGGUACUCGGUCCAUCCAGGUAGAGAUCACCCCUACUUACUCACGAAUCUCCAGAAACGCUGUCACCAGUCUGUCUAUCCGCGGCCACCGCUGGAAACGGCACGACGCAGUGGACCUGGGUUCCCCGGAAGAGCUGAUGGAGAUCUCCGAGGUGGACGAGGGCAUCUGCACACAAGCUGCCAUGAAGGAUGGCAGCCCCCCGAUCAUCGUAGUGAGCAGCACCAACGUCACGCCGAACAUCGGAAAAACAGCCGGCAAGGGCCUGCGGCGCCUAACGGGCAGCAAAUCCAGCAAAGACAAGGAGAGAGAGAAAGAGGGGGAGGUCUCAAACAAGCAGUCGUGCGGCCGGGCCAUGAGCGAGAACUUGGAGCUGCUCUCGCUCAAGCGCCUGACGCUCACCUCCAGCCAAUCAGUGCCUAAAGGAGGUGCGCUAAGCCUCUCGCGUACAGCCAGCGCCGCCUUCUCUCGCUCCUUCGAGCAGGUCAGCAAUGCCUUGGGCGUGACCAACCGAGCGUCAAGCCCCGCCUCAAAUCACAGCCCCAAGGAGAACAGGCACUCGGCAUGCAGCCUGCAAGAGGAAACCUACGUAGAGCACCUGAGCCCGGCAAACAUCAGCCUGCAGCUCGGCCCCAACGCGUGACCAUGGUGAUGACCCGCUCUCAGACCUGCCGAAUUUUGAGCCAUACUUUCCACUGGUGUCCUAAAAGUACUCGCUGGUUCUUUCUUUGAGGACUCAAGAGACCACUCCUGCCCUCUGGUGGCAAAGUAAAACUGUUGCACCUUAAAGAAACUUUUUUUUUUUUUUUUCGAUUUUGUGGCAUGUCUUCAUUGAAGCUGUGUUUGAAAGUGUGUGUUUAAAAUAAAUCCACUUUUCCCCAUUUGUACAUUAAACUUGAUACUGUGGAUCAUAUGUAAAAGUCUGAGAUAUUUUUGAUGCUGUAGUGUUUUGUCUUUGGGGAGUGUUUAUGAACAAGUAGCUUUUCAUCCAAACAAGGUAUUGAAUAUGUAUGCAAAGGAUCAUUCCUUUGCUUUUAAAGUGUGUGCGUGUGUGUGUGGCUGGUAGGUCUUAAAGUAAAUUUGGGGUACAUUUUCACUGCCUUCCCUUAUGUACUGGGCUUUAAAGAAAGCCAGCAGUAUUAAACGUACACUCCUGACACUGGCAAUAUGUUUUUUUUUUGUUUUUUUUUUCUUUUCCCCCAAAAAAAGAGAGAAUUUAAGACAAAAUGUAGUAUUUGUUUACAUGUUACAACUUCUUCAUGUUGUAUUUCUGAAGCAAUAGCAUUAUUUGGCAACAGAACCUGCCCUUUUUUAUUGACAUUGAUAUUUUUUGUACAUAUUUUAAGCAGUGCUAUUGCACCGAAGCAGAAUUCAGUAUUAAAAAGACUUGAAGAUUGAAGAGUUUAUGGGACAGCCAAACCUUUUUCUUUUUUUUUUUUUAAAUCCUUUUCUCAUCCUGUUCAAGUGUGGUCUUUUCUCCUUUGGGUGAGUUUUGUCAUUAUUGAAAACGAGCUGUCGGAAUGUUUUUAACAAACAACUCUGGCACAACACUGUGGUAUUGUAAUUAAUUUGUCUGUCUAUUUUUGGAAAAAUAAAAGCCAUGAUUUGUUUUUUCUUUUCAGUUUUGAAAAGGUUUUACAAUAAAUAUCUGUUCUGAAACAUUA